AUGGACGAACUCUUUGAGGAGUGGGACAAGGACGGGAACAACUUGAUUACGCGGGAGGAGCUCACAAGGGGGCUCAACAAGCUCGGUGUCUACCUCUCUGCGACGCAGACGAGGGAACUGUUCCGACUCGCCGACCCGGACCACUCCAAGUCCAUCGGCCCGGCCGAGUUCCGAGCCUUCCUGUCCGACCUGCAAACACUCGCCGACGAACCGGAGCUGCUCUCCAGGCAAGUGACCCUCCGCCUCCAGCGUCGAGCCAUAGCCGAGGAGCGCGAGCACCCGCGCGUGGACGACUGCGGCCUCCUGGCCGCGUGCGCCGCUGCGGACGGCGGCGGCGGCGGCGGCGGCGGCGGCGUCGCACGCCGAGUCGGAGAGACACGUCGCGCCGCGUCCAUGAGCAGCGUCGUCUGAAAAACCGUUCGUGUAGGCGUGCGUGUGUGUCGCAAGCGCGGUGUUUGGGACUGGUUGGUGUAGGCAACCCUGCCCGCCGUGCGAAGUCGACAUUAUUUUGGGCCGCGGGGAAGAUCAUCUUCUCGUGAAGUGUGUUUUUGGAUGUGCGGUGUUCCGUCCCCCACCUCUAGAUGAGGUGCUACAGCAGCAGCAGCAGCGACAGUCCUCCUCUCGCAAACCGCGAGAGACGAUGUUGUUUUCUUUACGUCGGUCUCGUCCGACAUGAGCGACGGCCGCACCACCCCGCUCGGGCCUAAGGCUGAGGCCUGAGAGUGGGUGGGCGAUUUUUUAAAUGCUGAUGCUUGUGCUUGUGCUUGUGCUCGAGUUGCGUGGUGCCUUUUCAUGUUGGGCCCUCGUCUUAGUCGUGCCUGGGCAGCUACGUCUGCCCAAUCACAACCCAGCAUCUAAAUAAUUACGGUAUGUGCGUCCUUUUCUGUCAAACUCUCAGUCUCCUUCAGCUGGUCUUUUUUUCCAGAGGGCGCUUUCGUUUUUUGUCUUACACUUCGUGAAUAUUCUUAUCCUGCUGAGAUUUGUUUUGUGUCUUGGGUCUUCUCCUUGUCUUCGAAGUGGUGUUCGUUGUUUGUUCUCUCAAGGGACGCUUGUACAUCAGAUGCGGGGGCUGUCCAUACGUGCGUUUGCGUAGGUGCCACGCAAAUAGCUCCUUGGUCAUCAAUGUCGUCGGCUUGUUCGUUAUUUCUUUGUCCUGCUGAGUUUUUUUGUCUUGGGUUUAUCCUUUGUCUUGGGACUGCUUUUAUUUUAUUUUACCACGGCACGCUUGUACGGUACUGGCGGUCGCUGCCCAUACGUGGUUAUGUAAGCGCCACGCAAGGUCGCCCGUCAUCUUUUCCUGUUUCCGCCUUGUCGGCUCCCCUGACGUUUUUUUUUUUUCGCAUGCCUUGGCUUCUCCUUGUCUUCGCACUGCUGCUGUGAGCAGUUUUUUUCUAGUGCUGGACAGCUUGGACAAUUACUUUUGCUGUCGCUGUCCAUACACGGGUAAGUGCUGCCUCGCAGCUCUUUUAUCAACUCGUUACAGUACCAUCCAUCUCGUCGUCGCUUGUUUAGGUUAUUGGUCUGAGGUCGUUUGUUCCUUCGCGCGAUGAUUUUCUUUUUUCUGUGUUUUUUGGUGGUGGAUGGAGGCGCGUGCGGUGUGUGCUUGCGCUGGGGGUCGGAGUGUUCUCGGUGGCGUGGCUCUUCCAAAUCUAAAAAAACAAAAGCCAGUGACGGACGUGCCGAAGAUUGGGGCGUUGGGUCCGUCUCGUCGAGACCUUACCUUUCCCAACACUUUUCAUUUGGUCUUGGCAUCCGCCAAGUCGUUGAGUUGUCGAGCUUUUUGAGAAUAAGUCUAGGGGGUGUGGUA